AUACCUCCAGUGUCACUUAAUUUGUAAAUAUAAACAUAACCAACAAAAGAAUCGAUAGGAAUCGUCGGAGUUUAUAAGCAAAACAACAAAAUAAAAACUAGUUAACAACAAAAAUAUUACUUGGUAGUAAAUAAAAUGACAUCAAAUCAACCUCCAGUUAAGCGUUAUCGCAAAACGGAUAAAUCAGAAUCCGAAGAAGACGAUUAUGUUCCUUAUGUACCAGUAAAAGAGCGCAAAAAGCAGCAAUUAAAGAAACUCGGUCGAUUAGGGCAAUUAAAAGAUGAACAAAAGAAAACAAAAUCCUCGAGUGAAAAUGACACAAAUGAUGAGGAUGAGGAAGAAAUCUGGGGCAGAAAGAACAAUAUUUCUUUGCUAGAUCAACACACAGAGCUGAAAAAGCUUGCAGAAGCUAAAAAAGUUAGCGCAGUCGAGCGACAACUGAAGAAAGAAGAAGAAAUCCUUGAAAGUGUUGCUGAAAAGAAGGCUUUGAUGGGUGUUAGUGAAUUGGCCAAGGGUAUUCAGUAUAAUAAUCCUAUCAAAACAAGUUGGACAGCUCCAGGUUAUAUCCUAGCAAUGCCUGAAUCACGACACGAUGCAGUUCGACGUGAUUUGCGAAUAUUAGUUGAAGGCGAGAACAUUCCAGCACCAUUGAAGUCGUUCAGAGAGAUGAAAUUACACAAAGGCAUUCUGGCAGCGUUAGAAAACCGAAAAAUUCGUAAACCUACACCGAUUCAAGUCCAAGGCAUUCCUACUGUAUUACAAGGACGUGAUUUAAUCGGCAUUGCAUUCACUGGAAGUGGUAAAACAAUGGUAUUCGUCCUGCCACUAAUAAUGUUCUGUUUGGAACAAGAAGUUAAAAUGCCCUUCAUUCGAAACGAAGGCCCAUACGGCCUAAUCAUCUGUCCAUCAAGAGAAUUAGCCAAACAAACCUACGAUAUCAUUCUUGAAUUUUGCGCGUCUGUCAAAAAAUUCAACAUGCCCGAAAUCCGCACGUCUUUAGCAAUCGGCGGAGUACCUGUGUCUGAAUGUGUUGAAGUAAUUCAGAAAGGUGUACACAUUCUAGUCGCAACACCAGGCAGAUUGAUGGACAUGUUGGAGAAGAAAACCGUGCGGCUAGGUGUUUGUCGAUAUUUGUGCAUGGACGAAGCUGACAGGAUGAUUGACUUGGGUUUUGAGGAGGAUGUCAGGACUAUCUUUUCAUAUUUUAAUGGCCAAAGACAAACAUUAUUGUUCUCAGCGACAAUGCCGAAGAAAAUUCAGAAUUUCGCGCGUUCAGCUUUAGUAAAACCGAUAACCAUCAAUGUUGGGCGGGCUGGUGCUGCAUCUCUGAAUGUUAUGCAGGAAGUGGAAUAUGUUAAACAAGAAGCUAAAGUCGUGUAUCUCCUUGAAUGUUUGCAAAAAACUCCACCACCAGUGUUAAUAUUCGCGGAAAAGAAGCAAGACGUCGAUGCAAUUCAUGAAUAUUUACUUUUAAAAGGCGUGGAAGCUGUGGCCAUCCAUGGUGGAAAAGAUCAAGAAGAACGCUCCCGAUCAGUUGAAGCAUUCCGCAAGAAACAAAAAGAUGUACUGGUUGCCACAGACGUCGCAUCCAAAGGUUUAGAUUUUCCUGACGUACAACACGUUAUAAACUACGACAUGCCUGACGAUGUAGAAAAUUACGUGCAUCGCAUUGGUCGUACGGGUCGAUCUGGUAAACAAGGUGUUGCGACAACAUUCAUAAAUAAAUCUAACGAUGAAUCAGUUCUCCUUGACUUAAAACAUCUACUAAUAGAAGCGAAACAAAAAGUACCGCAAUUCUUAGCGGAAUUAUGUUCUGACAAUGAGAAAUAUCUCAAUCUUGGAGAUGAUAAAGGCUGCGCGUAUUGCGGUGGUCUCGGUCACAGAAUCACCGACUGUCCGAAACUGGAAGCCAUUCAAAACAAACAAGCAUCCAACAUUGGCCGAAGAGAUUAUCUUGCGAACACUGCGGCUGAUUAUUAAUACGAAUUAAUAAUUGAAUAUAACAAUGUAAUUAUCUUCAGAUUGUAAUUUUACAAUAAUAAUACAUUUGUUUCAUGUA